AGGAGGAGGAAGGGGGGAGAAAGAGGAGGAGGAGGCGGCGGCAGCAGCAGCGAGGGAAGAGCAGAGCAGAGCAGAGCGGCUUGUACUCCAGCACCAGCAGAAGAGCACGCUUCACGAGCCUGGCAGCCAACUUCCCCCGCGGAGUUCGCGGCUCAAGGAUACCAUCUCUGCGCGCCCACCCUCACGCGGCUCCCCUGCGCCCAGGCGCUUCCUCCUCCUCCCGGAGACGACCGCUGGAUCUUCGUCACCCUCGUCAUCCCUUUCGAAUUACAGAGAACUCUGCGAUUUUAAACUUUUCUUGGCGAGAGAGAAGAGAGAGGGAAGGGUGACCAAAGAGAUAUUGUCGAACUUGCUUUCUUUUAUCAUGUGAGGAGGAGAAGGAGGAGGACGACGACUGGGGCAACAACCCACACCCACCAAGCCAUCCCUUCCCCAAAGAGAAAAAGCGGGGGGAAGAGAAGGGAAAGGAAGCGGCAUGUCUUCUCCAGAUUCCCGCAAGAAGGUGGCCCGAGCAGGACUCUUGUUUCCAAGGGACCCGGGCGCAUCGGCCGGGCGUCAACUCUGAGGCGAUGCGUCGCCCGCAGCUCCGUCGCCUCGUCCGCCGCCGCCUUCGCCAGCAUCGCCAGAAGUUUUCUUAGGACAUAAACAAAACUUGCGCGCGAGAGAGAGAGAGAGAGAGAGAGGAGAGAGGGGGACGAAAGCCAGAGAAAGAAAGAAAGAAAGAAAGAAAGAAGCAGAAGCGCCGCGAAAGAGAGAGACCGAGAGACAGUGUGUGCGAGGGGACGUGCGUGAGGGGCGAAAGAAAGGAGCCCACACGCACUCAUUCACCCCAUACAAAGCCUUACAGGAGGGGGAGAAGGGGGAGAAGAGAAACUUUCUCUGUGAGGGGAAAGAAAACAGCAGCGGCAGCAGCAGCAACAACAACAACAACCCAGAAACUGUGAGGGGAGAAAAUAUGCUCCUGAGGGAGUGAAGGAGGGAAGCCAAAAGGGGAGUUGUUGUUGCCGACCUCGCUCCCUCCCUCCCCUCGGCGGUUCCCGCUCUUUUUUUUUCUCCUUUCCUCCCUCCUUCUACCAAUAUCUAGGGAGAGGGAUUCAGUAAUGUCUUUCUCACCGCUGAGGCAACCCCGAACAGGUGAAUCGCCAAUAAGGGGCCGGCGAAGGAGAAGAAGCGGCCGCGCGUGUGUGUCUGUCUGCGUGUGGCGAGUGUUUCCCCUCAGAGGAGCCGCGAGCCCAGGAGGAGCGGCGGCGGCGGCGCGCGCACCCGCGCGCAAGGAGCCCGCCUCGGGGCCGGCCGGCCGGCGGGCCGGGCACGCUGAGGAGAGCUGAGGAAACAGCCGAGCCGGGCGGGAUUCUGGUGGCGCGCUACUGGGCUGCGGCGGCGGCAGCAGCGGCGGCGGCGGCGGCUUGUGGCGAGCGCAGUGGAGGGGUCGAGAGGAAAGCGGCGGCGAUGGCUACGGCGGCGUCUAACCCUUACCUGGCCACCAACAGCAUCCUGUCGGCGGGCUCCAUCGUGCACUCGGACGGCGGGGGCGGCAUGCAGCCGGGCAGCGUGGCCGUCACGUCGGUGUCGGGCGGCGGCUACCGCGGCGACCCUUCGUCCGUCAAGAUGGUCCAGAGCGACUUCAUGCAGGGCGCCAUGGCGGCCAGCAACGGCGGCCAUAUGCUGAGCCACGCGCACCAGUGGGUCACCGCGCUGCCCCACGCCGCCGCCGCCGCCGCAGCUGCCGCCGCCGCCGCCGUGGAAGCCGGCUCUCCCUGGGCCAGCAGCCCGGUCGGCAUGACGGGGAGCCCGCAGCAGCAGCAGCAGCAACAGCAGCAGCAACAGCAGCAGCAGCAGCAGCCCGACGUGAAGGGAGGCGGCGGCGGCGGCGGCGGGCGGGACGACCUGCACUCGGGCGCGGCGCUGCACCACCGGCCGCCGCACCUGGGCCCGCCGCACCAGGGCCACUGGGGCUCCGGCGCCGGCGCGCACCUGCCCUCCAUGGCCAGCCAGCAGCAGCAGCAGCCUCUGCUGUACUCGCAGCCCGGCGGCUUCACGGUCAACGGCAUGCUGAGCCCUCCGCCGGGCAGCCAGAGCCUGGUGCACCCGGGCUUGGUGCGGGGCGACACGCCCGAGCUGGGAGAGCACCCCGGCCAUCACCACCACCACCAUCACCACCCGCACCCGCACCCGCACCACGGGGGAGGCGGCGGCGGCGGGGGAGGCGGAGGCGGGGGAGGCGGCCUGAACAGCCACGACCCGCACUCGGACGAGGACACGCCGACCUCGGACGACCUGGAGCAGUUCGCCAAGCAGUUCAAGCAGCGCCGGAUCAAGCUGGGCUUCACGCAGGCCGACGUGGGCUUGGCGCUGGGCACCCUGUACGGCAACGUCUUCUCGCAGACCACCAUCUGCCGCUUCGAGGCUCUGCAGCUGAGCUUCAAGAACAUGUGCAAGCUGAAACCUUUGUUGAACAAGUGGCUGGAGGAAGCCGACUCCUCGACGGGCAGCCCCACCAGCAUCGACAAGAUCGCGGCUCAGGGCCGCAAGAGGAAGAAGCGGACCUCCAUCGAGGUGAGUGUCAAGGGGGCCUUGGAGAGCCACUUCUUGAAAUGCCCCAAGCCCUCGGCGCAGGAGAUUACGAACCUAGCGGACAGCCUGCAGCUGGAGAAGGAGGUGGUCAGGGUUUGGUUUUGCAACCGCAGGCAGAAAGAGAAGCGCAUGACCCCCCCGGGGAUCCAGCAGCAGACGCCCGACGACGUCUACUCGCAGGUCGGCAACGUGAACUCCGAUACGCCGCCGCCCCACCACGGACUCCAGGCGAGCGUGCAGUGAGGGGGGUGGUGUGUGGUGGGGAGGUGGAGGGGGAACGGACAACAAAACAAAAACAGAAAGACAGUCGCCAUCAUCACCAUCAACGACAGCAAC